GCGUGGGUGUGGACAGUGGGGCCCUGGCAGCACUGGGUCCUACCUGGUAACAUCCAGGGCCUCAUGACAAGCACCUCUGACACCCGACCAGGACUUGGCCCCAGAGAACUGGAGCUGCCUCCGGCUAACCACUCCCCAGGGUACAGGUCAAGUCCUUCCCAAGACCAGGGUCAUGGUCAUUUGAGGGCUCUGGGCAUUGACACCAGCCCCUACUCCCAGCAGAAGGCAGUCAUGUCCACUGAGCAGGUCUGCAGAGGUUGGUCUCCUCUCUCGGGACCACCCCUAGAGCCAGGUGUGGAUCCCCAGUGCAGCCAUGGCCUGGUCACUGAGGGUGGCCUGUGUGGCCAUGCUUCCAGCAUCCCCUGUGGAAGCACCGGGCCUGGCAGUGGGCAGCCCGCGCACGCUGCAUGCCAUCCCCCAGGCACAGCUGGGGAGGUGCUGUUGGCCUGGCUGAGAGGCUCCUUUGCUGUAGUCAGAGGAGAUCAGGAGCCUGCUGGGCUGGGGUGGGCACCCAGAGGACCUCCCCUGUCUCCUGUGCUGUCGCCGAUGUCUCCUUGACACUCCCCACAUAUGUGGAGGGAGGCACAUGCUUUACCUCCCAGCUGCCCACUGGCCAGAGUGGUGGGGCGGUCAGCUGUCUGGGCACCUCUGGCCGAGCCUGUUUUCCUUAUUCCUCUCUUUCCCACAUGCUGAGCCGUCCCCUGGGCCUGGCUGUGCUCCGAGCUCUGGGGACAGCCCUCACAGUGGGCACCUGGCUCACUGGGAGGCAGCAGAUGUGGAGUGACCGCACACACAGGCUGUGCUGUGUGGGGGGGGCCCGGGGGACCUGCCCAGCCUGGCAUCAGAGAAGGUCCCCUGGAGGGAUGCAGUCAGCAGACUCAGGCCCAGAGUGUGGAGGACACUGACCUGCUGGGCCAGCUGUCCCAGGUUGGGAGCUGGGACCCUGUCCGGCAGACCACAGCCAGGGUAAUGCUGAGUCCCCGCCAGGGCCUCCCAAGGAUCCCGUUGAGGGGCAUCUUCCAGGGGGCAAAGGUGGUACGGGGCCCCGACUGGGAGUGGGGCUCACAGGACGGAGGGGAAGGGAAGCCAGGCCGAGUGGUGGACAUCCGUGGCUGGGAUGUGGAGACGGGCCGGAGUGUGGCCAGUGUGACGUGGGCCGAUGGCACCACCAAUGUGUACCGCGUGGGCCACAAGGGCAAAGUGGACCUCAAGUGUGUGGGCGAGGCGGCCGGCGGCUUCUACUACAAGGAGCACCUCCCAAGGCUCGGCAAGCCAGCAGAGCUGCAGCGCAGGGUGAGUGUGGACGGCCAGCCCUUCCAGCACGGGGACAAGGUUAAGUGUCUGCUGGACCCAGACAUCCUGAGGGAGAUGCAGGAAGGCCACGGCGGGUGGAACCCCAGGAUGGCGGAGUUUAUCGGACAGACGGGCACCGUGCACCGCAUCACGGACUGUGGGGACGUGCGUGUCCAGUUCAGCCAUGAGACCCGCUGGACCUUCCAUCCUGGGGCUCUCACCAAGCACAACUCCUUCUGGGUGGGCGAUGUGGUGCGGGUCAUCGACGACCUUGACACAGUGAAGCGGCUGCAGGCUGGGCACGGGGAGUGGACAGAUGACAUGGCCCCUGCCCUGGGCCGCGUUGGAAAAGUGGUGAAGGUUUUCGGAGAUGGGAACCUGCGUGUGGCAGUCGGUGGUCAGCUGUGGACCUUCAGCCCCUCCUGCCUGCUGGCCUACCGGCCUGAGGAGGAUGCCAACCUGGACGUGGCUGAGCGUGCCAGGGAGAACAAAAGUGCGGGCACCCAGCUCAGGCAGCCAGUGGGAGGUGGGCUGCUCCCGACCACCACUUCACCUUACCCCUGCCCCCCAGGCUCCCUGAGUGUUGCACUGGACAAGCUUCGAGCCCAGAAAAGUGACCCAGAGCACCCAGGGAGGCUGGUCGUGGAGGUGGCCCUGGGCAACAUGGCCCGGUCUCUGGACCUGCUUCGGAGGCACCCAGAGCAGGUGGACACCAAGAACCAGGGCAGGACUGCCCUGCUGGUGGCGGCCUACCUAGGUCAGGUGGAACUGCUGCGGCUGCUGCUGAAGGCACGGGCGGAUGUGGACCUGCCUGAUGACGAGGGCAACACGGCGCUGCACUAUGCAGCCCUGGGGAACCAGCCUGAGGCUGCCCGGGUGCUCCUGAGCUCAGGGUGCGGGGCCAACGCUCUUAAUGGCACCCGGAGUGCAGCACUGCAUGUGGCCGUGCAGAGGGGCUUCCUGGAGGUGGUGAGGGUCCUGUGUGAGCACGGCUGUGACGUCAACCUGCCUGAUGCCCAUGCUGACACGCCCUUGCACUGUGCCAUCUCAGUGGGUGCCGGUGCCAGCGGCAUUGUGGAGAUCCUCACCGAGGUGCCAGCCAUCGACGUCACUGCCACCAACAGCCAGGGCUUCACCUUGCUGCACCAUGCGUCUCUCAAGGGCCACACGCUAGCCGUCAGGAGGAUUCUGGCACGGGCACGGCAGCUGGUAGAUGCCAAAAAGGAGGAUGGCUUUACAGCAUUGCACCUGGCUGCCCUCAACAACCACCGGGAGGUGGCCCAGAUUCUCAUCCGAGAGGGCCGCUGUGAUGUGAAUGUUCGAAACCGUAAGCUCCAGUCUGCACUGCACCUGGCCGUGCAGCAGGCCCACGUGGGGCUGGUGCCGCUGCUGGUGGACGCUGGCUGCAGCGUCAAUGCCGAGGACGAGGAGGGGGACACAGCCCUGCACGUGGCACUGCAACGUCAUCAACUGCUGCCCUUAGCAGCUGAUGGGGCCGGGGGGGACCCGGGGCCCUUACAGCUGCUGUCCAGGGUGAGGACGUGUGGCUCUGGGUGCUGGAGAGGUGGGCUGUGGUGUCUAGCUGUCAGCUCAGGGCAGAGCCUGAGCAAACGUCGGCCUCCACCUUUGCUACAGGCCUCAGGCCUGCCGGGCAGCGCGGAGCUGACGGUGGGCGCGGCGAUGGCCUGCUUCUUGGCGCUGGAGGGCGCCGAUGUGAGCUACUCCAACCACCGCGGCCGGAGCCCGCUGGACCUGGCCGUCGAGGGUCGCGUGCUCAAGGCCCUGCAGGGCUGCGCCCAGCGCUGCCGGGAGCGGCAGGCAGGCGGCCCCGGGGGCGCGGCCCCGGGCCCGAGGCUGGCGCUCAGCACGCCCAACACCGUGACGAACCUGCACGUGGCCCCGCCGUCGGGGCCCGAGGCCGCCGAGUGCCUGGUGUGCUCGGAGCUGGCGCUGCUGGUGCUGUUCUCGCCGUGCCAGCACCGCACCGUGUGCGAGGAGUGCGCGCGCAGAAUGAAGAAGUGCAUCAGGUGCCAGGCGGUCAUCGGCAAGAAGCUACGCCCAGACGGCACGGAGGUGGCCAGCGCGGCCUCCGCGCCCGGCCCGCCGCGGCAGCUGGUGGAGGAGCUGCAGAGCCGCUAUCGGCAAAUGGAGGAGCGCAUCACCUGCCCCAUCUGCAUCGACAGCCACAUCCGCCUCGUGUUCCAGUGCGGCCACGGCGCGUGCGCGCCCUGCGGCGCCGCGCUCAGCGCCUGCCCCAUCUGCCGCCAGCCCAUCCGCGACCGCAUCCAGAUCUUCGUGUAGCCUGGCCGCGCCCCGUCUCGCUCCGGAGCCGCGUCCCGCGUUCUUCUUCGCAAGCUGCUCCCCCCCCCGUGUUUUAUAAAAAGAUUCUCGGAC